ACUUCCUCGAGUGACUGGGAGAUCCAGGAAGACAACAGGGUCUUCAAAGAAAACUUCCAAUGAAAAAGAAGAGGUCAAAGAACAAGGAAAUCAUAUGCUUGACCUUAAGGAACUAAUAUCAUGUGAGGGAAACUCAAAGGACUGUGAGCAGUACAGUUGUGACACUAUUUUGCAUUUUAUUGAAGAGCUCAUGAGGCAGAGAAAAGAUAUAAAUUCUGAGAUCCUAGUGAAAAUCUGGGGUGCAGUUUAUACAUAUAAAAGAUCAAUAGACUUUGAAAAACAUAACUGUGAACUAAUUGAAGAAGAUUGUGAACGUAUAAGUAAUGAAAUUAUUGCACUGCGAGAGGAGUGGUCUCAACUAGAGAUUGAAAAUGCUGAACUGCAAGAUGAGCUAUGCAGUUUGAGGGCCACCCUUGAAAAUUUAGAAUUAAAUGAUGCAGCAAGCCUCCAAGCAGAGGAGAAUGAAGAGCUUUCAAGAACCCCGGUUCAAGAAGAACAGUUUAAGUUGUACCUGUCACUGACACAGAGUUUGCAUGAAAUGAGAAGAAGAAAUAGUGAACUAGAAGAAGAAAUAGACAGGUAUAUGGAUCUAUGCACAAUGAUGGAAGAGGACUCAGAUGCACAUCAAAAUGGAGAGUUUUCAGGUUAUAAUGCUUCAAGUACAAGUCACUGCGAAGAGGAUACGGUACUGAAACUAAGAGAGAAGCUUGAAAGUAUGGAAACAAAACUACAACAAGAAUUAAUCCGCUGCCAAUGCAAGGAAGAUGAAAUUAAUCUUUGGGAGCAGAAAAUAGCAGAAAGGACAGCAGCCCGGGAGAACCGUGAAGCGGAAGAGGGUAGAAUAAAGCAGCUUGAAGAGAAAAUACUCAGCCUCAAAGCCGAUAUGGACAAGAACAUGGUAGAGCGAAGUGAGGUAGAAAAUCAUAAGAAAGCCAUUGAAGAGCAAGCUAGGAGUCAACUCAUGGAAAAAAUAAACCAAGAGAACCAAGUCUUACGGAUCCUGGGCUCUCUGUGUGUAAACAUGAAGAAAGGAAUGGGGCUGAAGAGCCAGGAGCCAGGGGCUGGGAGCACCCCAGGCUGUUUCUUGCCACAUGGCUUUCCGAGGAGAACGUCUAAGCCUCCGAAGCAGAGCCCUGUGACAGCCCUGGCCUCCUCUUUGCUGAGCCUACUAUCUGGGCUUUCCAGAUCUUCUUGGACUGAUGCCUAAAACUCCCCUGCAGAGAAGCUCUCUUCGGGCUGAAACCUUACUUCAUCCCUCCAUGGAGGGUCCAAAGGAAGACCAGGACAGAGAGCCCACUCGGACUGUUCGCUCGCUGGUUUCAUAGUUGCAUCUGUCAAGGGACUCUGCUCUGAACAUCUCAGUCCGUGAGGGUGUCAGCUUAAGGGAGGGCCUUGUCACCAAAUGCAGUGUGACUGUGUUCCCUUGUUUUUUUCUUUCAAAUUUGAUACAAACUAGAGCCACUGGGAAGAGGGAGUCUCUGAUGAGGAAUUGACUGGCCUGUGGGCACGUGUGGGGACAUUUUCUUGACUGAGGAUUCGUGUGAGAGGGCCCAGGCACCUGUGUGUGGUGCUGUCCCUGGGCCGUGUAAGAAAACAAUUGAGCAAACCACUAGGCAGUAUUGCCACCCAAUCUCUGCUUCAGUUCCUGCCGCCCUCUCCCCGGUUCCUGUCUUGGCUGUAACUUGUCAAAUAAACAUUUCCUUCCAAGGUU